AUGAGCAUUGAUUCACCAUCAUAUGAAGGUGAAUCCCCCGUUGGAAGGAGGUCCACUUCUGUGAGUGAAAGGCCAGACUACACAAUUGAGGAUGAUGGAAUAGAAUUAAAAGAGGACGACAAAGAUGAAGAUUAUCAGGAGGAAGCCGCAGAAGAGGAAGAAGAAGCCAACGGAGACGGAGAGGCUGACGGCGAGGCUAGUGGGAAUGAAGAGAAAGCCCCACCAGUUACAGAAUCUUUCCCAAAGGUUCACCGCUUACCUGCACAGCCAAGGCGUGGAAGGCCACCCAAGAGAAAGAACGUGGCUGACAAUAAUUUAACAGCAGUAGACGAUUCAAGAAACAGUUCUAAUUCGAGCAUGUCUGGACAUCUCAAGAGGCCUCAUCUUUCAUUUCCCGUUGACGAAAAUGGCGAGCCCCUGCCUGUGGUUAAUGACGAGUAUGCACUGCCUGACGAUCCUGAGGGGGAGACCAAGAUCAACAGAGAUGGUGAUUUGCUUGGAGGGCGCCAGUUUCUGGUAAGAACCUUCACUUUAUCUUCUCGUGGUGAGCGGAAAUAUAUGCUUUCAACAGAGCCUGCCAGGGCUGUGGGAUUCAGAGAUUCUUACCUCUUCUUUCAAUAUCAUCCAAACUUAUACAAGUUGAUCAUUUCGCAGGAAGAAAGGAAUGAUCUAAUCGACAGGGGUGUAAUACCCUACUCCUACAGAAGCAGAACAAUCGCCUUGGUAACGGCUCGCGCGGUGUUCAAAGAGUUUGGUGCCAAAAUAAUUGUUGACGGUAAAAACAUAACAGACGAUUACUACGUCGGACGUUUGCGCGAGGAAGGGCGUGUAGUUGAGGGGACGUACGCACGCGAACCUACUAAUAAACUUAUGGGCAGGAGUGCAAAUGGUCUUAACAUUCCCAAUGUAAGUGUCAAUCCUGCUAAGAACGCGGUGGAGUUUUUCGAUAGACGCAACCACAAUAUCGCUCCUGGAAGCAACAUAAGCUCCACAAAUUGGCUUUAUCAACAUGCGGCUGCGUGUAGUAGAUUCAACAGUGACCUGUUCUAUGACCGGGAACGCGCUCUGCUCAUCGAGCACCAAGGUUUGCGCGACCCUUACACAAACACGCUGCACCUCCCGCAAUCAACGCAACCCACGCAGGUUCUACGGUACGUCAAGAAGCCAAUCGAAUUCUCAGAUAAGAAGGUAAUCUAUGAGACUGUCAUUGAAGAUAAAGACCUCACGCGGCGCAACAUAGGCCUAGCCAAUGUUCCAGUUGAGGUUUUCGAAGAUGUUGUUGAUGAUGAUGUAAAGCAGGCGAUACUAGAGCAGCAACGUUUCGAGCAGAACAUAUAG